UAAGAUGAUGGCCCGUUCUCCAUUCCUGCUCUUCUGCCUUCUUUUCCCCUCGUCCAUGAAUACUCUACUCUGCCCUCAGGACAACAGCCAAUAUGGAGCAAGCAGAAAUCUGGAGAUGCCGGCCCAGAGGUUGCCCCAAAGCAGCCACACCACAAAGCCCCGGAUGUGCCACCCUGGAGAACGGCCUGGCUGUCUGGCUGACACGGCCCUCAGCCCGCUGCCAUUGACAGAGGAGGCCCAUGCCAACUCAGAGAUUUGGAAGAAACAGAAGAUGAUGAAUGACAAUUUGGUGACACUAAUGAAGCAGCACACACCAGCUCAGAAAAGAGUCAAAUCCGGGAAUCAAAUUGCCCGUGGGAGGAUUCAUCGAGGCCCCAUGCUGAGUGCCUGUCUUGGGAGGACAAAGCUAAAGGGAGAGAUGAGAGGCCUGGCUGUCUGGGAAUCGGAGCGAGCUGGAGUUGGCAGUUCAGAGCGCAAGCCGUUGUCAGUAGUCCAAGAAGCCACCUGGGCCACCUCAGCCACUCCGCAGGCUCUGGGGCUCCGAUUCCCCUCGGCACUGUGCUCCCCACCACCUCAUAAACAAAAGCGGCCAGCACUUCAUCUUUUCCCUUCUUAA